CCCUCUAUUUCUUAGGCUGGAAACCUGGGUCUCCUGCAAGGUGCAGAAAGGUUUGAUCACUCAAGGGGUUAUAGAUUCUCAACCUAUGUUCAAUACUGGAUAAGGAAAUCAAUGUCAAGAUUGGUGGCACAGCAUGCUAGGGGGGUCCAAAUUCCUUUCACACUAAGCAAGGCAAUAAAUCAGAUACAGAAAGCUCGAAAAGCCAAUUACAACAGCCACAUGAAAUACCCAGAUGAUGAGGAAAUUGCAAAGAUUACAGGUCUUUCUUUGGCGAGAAUCAGAUCAGCUAGUACAUGUCUGAGAGUUGUGGGUUCGGUAGAUCAUAAAAUGUGGGAAAGCUCUGAUGGGACAUAUAUGGAAUUUACACCAGACACAUCACUAAAGAGCCCUGAAGAAACUGUCAUGAGGCAACACAUGAAAAAGGACAUUCAUGAUCUGCUGAAAGGGUUGAAUUUGAGAGAGAGGCAAGUGUUGGUACUGCGAUACGGGCUAAACAACUACGACCCCAAGUCACUUGAGGAGAUUGGCAGACUUUUCCAUGUGAGCAAGGAGUGGAUAAGGAAGAUAGAAAAGAAAGCUCUGAUGAAGCUGAAGGUUGAAGAAUCCCACAAAUACCUAAGCCAUUACUUGAAUAACUAGUAGGUUCAGAGUAACAUGGAAAGAAAGCAAGCCAUCCUUAGUUUCUCUAUCAGAAGCAGUAGCCCGGGCAAAUUAGUCAAUCAUAUGCUGACAACUAUAGCUACUCGCUGGUAGAGAUUGAAGGAUACAGAAAAUCAUGGGUUACCUUCUCUUAUUUCCCCAUCAAAAUUGCAGCUCACAACUCUACCAUGGGAAUUUUUGUUGCUCUCAUGCGAAGAUUACAAUGUUGUAUGUUAGCAUUCUUUCAUUUCCCUCGGCGUGCUGGGGAAGAAUUGCAUGUGCUGAUUGUUCUUUCAAGCCUCUUUUUUUCUUUCUUUUUCAGUUAACAGUGUAUAGUAUAGAGGUGUGUAUUGUAUUCUCGUCACCACGGGUACAUAUUAAUGAUCUGAACUAGUGUUUACACA